AUGGAUCCUUCCAAUCCUUCCCACCUUGCAAAAAUGUUUAUGGAUUAUAUGAAUGAUGACGUGGAUGAAGAACUUGUGAGGUUGUUUAUGGAAGAAGAAGCCUCGAGCUCUAGAAAGCCUAAGCGUCAAAGAAGGAAUAUAAAGAGGAAUCGUGAAGAAGGACAUGAACGAUUGUUCAAAGAUUAUUUUUUAGAAACUCCGGUAUACACAAAUGAGCAGUUUCGUAGAAGGUACCGAAUGCAUAAACAUGUGUUCCUUCGUAUUGUUGAAGCUCUAGGUCAACAUGGUGAGUAUUUUUGA